UGUCGUCUGCCGUGUGGCCCGGGUCGGGUCGGGCCGGGUCUGGAUGGCGAGUGCCCGGGGUGCGGGCAGUGAGUGGAGCGGGAGCGGGCUGGACAAGGCGCUGCGGGCCGGUAUCAGUCAGCUCCGCCAGCGCUACCUGUGGACCAGCCCGCACACCGGCCCAGCGCCGCCGCCGUCGCCGACGCACCCACUGCCUCUACACAGCCUCCCGGUGGAGGUGCAGCUUCACAUCUUGAGCCUGCUGUCGCCCAGGGAUCUCUGCCAACUGGGGAGCGUUAAUGGGUACUGGAACGCCGUGGUGCGUGACCCACUGCUGUGGCGCUACUUCCUACAGCGGGACCUUCCUCUCUGGAAAUCUGUGGACUACCUCUCGCUACCGGACACCGCCUUGCUCAGUAAAUCACUCACCCAAAACGCAGAGCAGGACUACAUGGCAGCAUAUUUGAGGAGCUGUCCAGAGAGCAGAAAGCAAUGGAAAUCCAGUCACCCAGUCUACAGCUCGGUGACCUCCUUCCUCUACUCCCUGGUAUCCCAGGCAGAACCUCGGCUGGCCAUGUUCGGACCUGGGCUGGAGCAACUGGACACGUCCCUGGUUACAAAGAUGAUGAAUUCACCGAGUCUGCUGCCUUUGGCGGGCUUGCCACAAAGACAGAUCGACGGAAUUGGAUCAGGAAUCAGCUUCUUCUUCAACAGAGAACACAAGUUUAACAUCCUGACUCUAUAUUCAACGACCUGGAAAGAAAGAGAGUGUGCAAGAAUGGAGGAAAGUGCAGCCAUUAAUAAACUGUUCGUGCCACAAGGAGUUGCUGACGUGGAUGGAGCAGAUGGUGACCCCCCGCGGCUGGGGGCAUCCUACAGCGUCAUCCCGCAGGUGGAGCAGGUGUGCAGGCUGGUGGAUGGCUUCAUCUACGUGGCCAAUGCUGAAGCCAGGAGAAAGCACGAUCGGAAAGAGGAAUGUCUCCAGAUCCAGGCUAUGAUCAACCGGGCUCUUGGGCCUGCAGGCCGCCCACUCCUGGUGUUGUCCUGUGUUUCCCAGCCUGACAUGAAUCGUGUACCCUGUGUUCACCUAUCGCACCACUUACAGCUAUCCCUGCUGGAUGUGCCUUGGCUGACGCAGGAUUCUGAUGCAGAGACACUUGCUGGAUUUCUUGAGGGCAUCGAAUGGAUUCUUCGGGAACUCGGGAGGUUGUGAAUCUUUCCAGGGACGGCUGGGACGAAGCAGACGGGGACCAUAAGGGGAUGGACCUUGGAUUCGACAAGCUCACCUGACCCCCAUUUCUCGUGAGAAUAAACUGCUCUUGACACAAUUUUACUUCACGGUAAAAGUGGGUUGAUAUUGCUGAACCUCUGAUCAUGUCUCAGACUAUCUUCCUUCUGUAUUAUUGGAGUCUUGAUAAAUAUCUCUGGGUGAACUGUA